UUUUGGGGGGGGGGGGAAUGAUAGCGAGUGAAAACAGACCACAAGAGGGUAGCAGAGCCCAAGAUAUGGGCGCCUGGAUUGAGCAAUGUGAUGGAAGUCCUUUCAGCAAAGUAAGAGCUCAUAGAUUGAUUAACUUAUCCGGGCGACUCCAUUUCAGGAACUUUUAAAGGAAAAGCUUUUUAAAAUACAUCUGGUCCGGUCUAUUUCUUUUUUAACGGGCUCCAGUACUUCAAUUACAUCUAGUACAAGUUUGGAAACAUUUUCCAUAACUCGCUUAACCUGAAAGCCAGGGGUAACAAUUCUCCGACCUUGCAUAAUGUCAUAAAGCUAGGACAUUUCUUUCCUAAGAAAAUGGCGAGGUUGUGUCGACGAAAUCGUGCUCGAUUUAAAGGUUUAUUUUGCACAGGGAGUUGGAAAGGAUGACUUCCAAUAGGUCCCACACACACACACACACACACACAAGCUCCUACUGUAUCUUGAGCCUAGAGUCUGGAGAGUUUAACUAUUCCUGCCAGCUCAUCUGCAAAUUUCAUAAGUCCCCCUUCUAUCCCCUCGUGUAAAUAUGGAUGAAGACAUUGAAGAGCACUGCGCCUAAGACAGCCUUUUCGGUUGCGUAAGUCGGACGGACAGACCAACACCCAUAACCACAGCUAGCUGUAUUUUCACUUUUACUUUCCCUCUCCGCACUGGGGUAGUUAGAAGCAGCGGCGCCCGAUCGACAAGUUCCUCCUCGGGUCCCCAUUCCUUUGCUCCGAAUUCUCCAGGCAAGCGGAGGACAGCGGUACAUCUGACUGAGGGGCACAAUGUCACACACUCCCCGCUGCAAGCUGGUUGAAUAUUUUGAAGAAUUGUGUGAAGACGAAUUUGAGAAAUUUAAGUUGCACCUGGAGGACUACCCAGUAGAUAAGGGCUACAAGCCCAUCCGUCGUUGCAAGACUGAGAAAGCUGCUCACAUUGAAAUAGCCCGAUACAUGAUUGAGGCAUUUGAUGAUGCCAAGGCCCUGAAGAUGACCGUCAGCAUUCUGGAUAGAAUAAACAAAAAGAAUCUUGCUACAAGAAUCCGAAAGGAGAUGCCAGAAUAUUUUCUUCAGUCUGCAGAAUCAGACGAGAUGCUUUCGGAACCUCAAAAUAAAGUGGAGGUAAUGCUGGAUCCCAAGACAGCUUUUCCCACCCUCAUCCUUUCAGAAGAUCGGAAAAGCGUAUACCUGGGUGAACGAGCCCAGGACUUUCCUGACAAUCUGGAACGCUUUAAUUUUUUCCCUUGCGUCCUAGGAACAGAAGGCAUCAAUUCUGGGACUUCACAGUGGGUGGUUGAAGUGGGCAGGGCCAAACAAUGGGCCAUUGGUGCGGUGCGUGAAUCCAUAAAAAGAAAAGGAUAUUUACAUAUAAGUGCUUCUGAAGGGUUUUGGGUAUUGCAGCUGAUCGAUGGAGAAUAUGAGGUCACCACCGCACCUAAAACCAUUCUUCCGGUGUGGAAGACAGUACAACGGAUUCUCGUUACCUUAGAAUUCAGUUUAGGCAAAUUAUCCUUCUAUGACGUAGACUCUAUGGAGAUUAUCUUUACUUUCAACUAUCCAUUUUCUGAGAAAAUGUUCCCCUUCUUCCUGACUUGGGACAAAAAGAAUCCAUUAAAAAUUAGUACAGAUUACACCAUCAAAUAAUCUGAGAAAGAACAAGAAGAAACAAUUCUGGGAAAUUACCCAACCUGAGGAAUUUUCUGUUCAGACCUUGAAGUGAUUGCCGUUAGAUUCAGGGAAUCUUACUUUUGAAUAAAUACAAUAGAAUGGUGGUGUUAA